AUGACCACAUUUCGCGAUCCAGCCUCGGUGCACUCACAAAUACAUCGCAAGAAGAACCUGCAACUCGACACGUCGCAAAAUGCUGAAGAUGCUGCGCCUCCCUCCACUCGGUUGCUCAAAAGGGCCUCUUUUGCGAACUUCUCGUCGCUCAUCAAAGACACUGUUUUGUGGGCAGGAGACAGACUGAACACAUACAGGGAUGGCAUGUUGAAGGAAGAACGGGAAGAAAAGCUGCGAAAGGAUAAUCGGAAGCAGCUGCUUUACUUGAAUAUGCGAAAUGCCGUUUCGUUUGACGAGUGGCGUGCGUGUGCCUGCGAGCUGGACGAACUCGAAGACAAUAACAAAUGGAAAGAAACGCUCGAGUCCGAUGAAUACGACCCGAGUCUUGUCCUCAAACGCAUGAGACAGCUAGAAGAUGCGCGCAGUAGUUGCGACGUCAGUCGCAUGCUGUUCCUCAUUCGAACAGCGCUGAGCAGAGAUUUAGGGAACAUGAGCAGCUCCUCGUUGUAUCAACAUACACAUAUCGGGACUAAAACGCUUAUCGAUCAAUACAUAACUACCGCACUCAAUACAAUCUCCACACUUCUAGACUUAUCCGGGAGUGAUCGUUGCGAUUUUACCGAGAUGCAGUAUAUUCUUGAUCAACUGUUAGCCGCGCGACAAGCGUUCGGCCGCAGUGCAGUGCUUCUGUCGGGUGGCGGCACCUUCGGCAUGAAUCAUAUUGGGGUCAUUAAAGCGCUUUGGGAAGCAAAACUCAUGCCUCGUAUUAUUUCAGGCGCGUCUGCAGGUAGCAUUGUUGCGUCAAUAUUUUGCGCCCACACAGAUGACCAGAUCCCUGUGGUCCUGGAAUCCUUUCCUUACGGCGACCUUGACGUUUUCGAGCCAGAGGGAAACCCGCUUCCACCGUUGCAAAAGAUGGCUCGACUACUAAAGUAUGGCUCUGUUUACGAUAGCUGUAACCUCGAACGAGUAAUGAGAAACUGGCUAGGAGAUACGACAUUCCAAGAAGCUUAUAAUCGCACCCGCAAAAUUCUCAACAUAUGUAUCUCGAGUGCUGGCCUGUAUGAACUUCCGAGAUUGUUGAACUAUAUCACAGCUCCAAAUGUAUUGAUAUGGUCCGCAAUCACCGUGUCUUGCUCUGUGCCUUUCGUCUUCUCACCGUCCGUGUUGAUGGCAAAAGACCCUCUUACAGGGGAGAACGUACCUUGGCACGAUGAGCCCGGCCAGUGGAUUGACGGCUCCCUGGACGGAGACCUUCCCAUGACUCGCUUGGCCGAAAUGUUCAAUGUCAAUCAUUUCAUCGUGUCUCAAGUAAACCCUCACGUGCUUCCAUUUUUAGAAAAAGAAGCAGGCCCAGGAAGCGAUUUACAGCGACAACCCUGGCUACAUUCUUCAUGGCUCAAUGCAAUGACGAACCUUGCGCGGGAAGAGGCUCUCCACCGUAUGAACGUAUUCUCGGAGAUGGGUUUCUUCCAGAACGAAUUCAUGAAAACCGCAUCUAUUCUUAGUCAGAAAUACUCAGGGGACAUUAACAUCUUUCCGGAGAUCCCUUAUGCCCAUUUUCUGCGAAUUCUUCAGAACCCGACUACUGAGUUCAUUCUUCAAACUUGCUUAAGCGGGGAACAGGCAACGUGGCCUAAGAUUUCGCGCGUGCGCAAUCAUCUUGCAAUUGAGCUGAGUCUCGACUCCGCAGCUCAGACUAUGCGAGCACGGGUUGCGUUGAGCCCUCCAAGUGCGACGAAUUUGCCAGUCCCAAACUCUGCUAAUUAUUUCCGGAUGCUAUUCGAAGAGAGAAAGGCCAAGCCAGGCUCGUUUCGACGACGCAGUUCGUACAGUGAGUCUAGGAGGGUGAGAAGCAGCCUAGCGGCAUCACGGCAGCGACUUAGUGGGGACCUGAAGAAGGCUUACAGCUCCGUUUCAAUGGACUUCGUCGACUUACAGAGACCUGUCAGUCCUGUUUCUCACUACAAGCAGACGCACAGUAAGAAUUCAACUGAUGAAACACGCAAAAGCAAUGGUUAUGCUUCAGGACAUGCCGCAGAGAGCAGCUACUUCAUUGUUCCAAGUGAUAGCGAUGAUGAGUCCUACACUUCAUGGCCACAGAGGCCGAUGAUAUCACGUAAUGCCACAUGGGCCGCGUCAUCGGCGCCUCCCGACUCACCGAAGUCUGGUAGAACAAGCUCUACAGCGUCUCGUCGAUCUUCUAUCGCCAAAAUGGCCUCCAACCAGCUGCGACCAGCGUCUGCUGGAGAAAUUUAUUCGUCGUCCGCAGCUAAAUCGUCCAAGUUCUGA